AGUGUGACGUUUAGUAAAAACGUCAAUCGCGAUUGAUUUAUUUUGCGAAACAAAAUUUUCUUCUUUAUAAAAAAGCAUUUAAUUGUAGUUAUUUUCCAUUUGUGCCGUUUAAAAUGUCCGAUAAAGCACCCCCAACUUCCUCAGCAGGCCCAGGCACACAUACCCCAGGUUGGAAUGAUCCACCAAAACUACAAUUCAAUGCCCUCCCAGCAUCUGGCAAAACUAAACUGAAUCUGAACAAGAGAAUUGCAUUUCCACUCCAGGGUGGCCCAACAACUUCCAAACCAACGGCAAUAGUCCAGCCCAAUCAGACUAGUGCGCCGUUGCCCCUGGCGAUGCCACCAUUAGUGGGGGCGUCCAAUAGUCAACACCCAGUAGCUGUUGUUCAUCCGAUGCCUAAUGUAAAUGCGCCGCCACCAUCCCAACCUCCUACGGCCGCAGCUCAAACGUCUCCUCUUCAACCGCCAACAGCACCCUUCCAAGAACCGGUGCCCGAUGACGCACAGCAAUUUGCUCUAGGAAUUCUUCGUUUGCAGUUGAUCAAAGUUCAAGAAUCACCCAAUGUGCGUCUUGAUGAGAUCCAGCGACGUGUCGGUGUAAUGGAACAGCUCUGGCAAUCAGGAAACUUGACCAUGCCAGUUCAGGCAAAAAUCUAUAAAAUUGCCAAAGCUGUAGAAACAAAUAGCAUGGCGGAGGCAAUGGAAACAUACACAUCUCUGGUUCUAAGCCAUUCCAAUGAGUGCUCUACCUGGGCCGUAGCCCUACGACACAUAAUCUUGACUCUUCAACCGAACAAUGCACGACCCCUUCCGACUGUCGACGAAUACCAAAUCACCGCCUCGGCCAGCAACAGCAGUAGUCCCCAGGCUGCGACGAACUGCGUCCUUGUUCCAGCAAUGCCUCGAAUUACAAACCCCAACGACAGAGGUAACCCAGUGCAACACAUUUGAUUGUCUCCCCAACAACAGCAGCUGGACGAAUCUUGAGUUCUUGUAUUGUAUUGUGAAAGGCCAUUUUUGAUGUUUCGUCGUUGUCGUUGUCUUGAUAAAAAUCUCUUCACGCCCACACGACACACCCACUUCUCAGCGCGGAGUUUCUACUUAGGAUCUUGGCUUUGAUUUUUUUUUUUAUUUAAACAAAAAACAAAAAUUGUGAAAGGAAAUGCAUGCAUUCAACUACUGUUAUAUUUAUUUUAAAUAAAAAAACAAAUUAAUUAUA